AGAUACCACAGCUGGAACUAGGCUUAUGAACUCCAACGUUGUCCCAUUAUGAAGAAGACACCCACUGUUGCCAUCCUGUUGUUUUGGUUGCUCUCCAGCUCAGGAGCAGAAGAUGAUCAAACUAGCGAGAGCCUUCCUGCUCCAAACAUCUUCUUGAUUCCUAACUGGAGAAUCACGCUAAGAGGAAACGCCACCAUUGUAUGCAAUGUAUCUGUCUCCUCAAGGUUGAAUUUUCACUUGGAAAAAGAUGCACAGAUCAUAACCACGUCUACUGAAGGAAUCAAUGGAACUGCUUAUUUCCCCAUCACUAAUAUGAGCCCAGAGCAAGGUGGAGUGUACAAGUGUUGUUAUAAUAGUUCAAGUCUCUCCCCAGCAACAUGCAGUGAGCCUCUAGAGCUUCUGAUAACAGACCCAGGUCUACCGAGGUCAACUAUUCGUCUUAUUCCUAGAAAGAUUAUUCACAAAGGAAUCAACGUUAGUUUUCAAUGCUCAGCCGCAAGCCCAGUCCGGGGGUUCUACCUUCAUAAAGAUGGACGUAAAUGGAAAGACCUGCCUGUGGAACCACAUAAAGAAAAUGCUACAUUUUCCAUUAGCAAUGUGAAUCAUGGUUAUGGAGGCACAUAUUCAUGUACUAGCUACACAUCAUCUUCAUAUCUUUUGAUCUCAGAGUCGAGCAAUGUAGUGGACCUGUUUGUUGUAGACAGCAAAUUUCCCAGGCCAGCCAUUUCUCCAAGUCCAAUUAUGUUGGUUCCUCCUGGAGGAAAUGCCACAAUCCAGUGUAAAAGCAACAAGCCAUCCAUGAGGUUCUUCUACCUUCAAAAGUCUGGUGAUGAGAUGCCUCAGCAGUCCCUGGAGACCAAUGAAACUGUGGCCGAAUUCCACAUUAUGAAUGCAAAUAAGAACCACACUGGAGAAUAUAGCUGUAGAUACAGCACUGAAUCAGCACCUUUCAUCGUCUCAAAAAUGAGCAACCUCACUCGACUGGUCAUAACAGAUUCUCAUCUCCCUAAGCCCAGUAUCUCCCUGAUCCCUGAUGGAAUUGUAAUGCUUACCGACAGGAUGCGCAUUGAGUGCACAGCCAAUCAUUCAGGCAACCGAUUCUAUCUUUAUAAAGGCAUUGAUAAAAAGCAGCAGCAAAUUGUGAUCACAGAGGGGAACAGAGUGCUCUUCCCUAUUAACAAUUUGCACAAAGAAGAUGCUGGGAGCUUCUCCUGUAGCUACAUGAAUCCAUCGGAAUUCUUCACCACUUCAGAAACCAGUGACAACGUGACGUUGUUGGUCACAGAUCCCUCAUUACCCAAACCCAACAUCUCCUCUGAGAAUAUGAAGUUCAUUGUCCUUGAGAGCAAUAUCAGUGUCAAUUGCGGAGAGUCAGCCCUGAAUGGAAACUAUUUUCUUCUAAAGGAUGAUCAUGUAAUUUCUCACCAUAGUCUAGAAGCUAAUGAGACCACAUUUGUUAUCAGCAAUGCAACCUUAGCACACGGAGGGAAAUACGCAUGUAGUUAUAGCAGCUCUUCACAGCCUUUUGUAAUCUCAUUGCAGAGCAAGAAUGUGACAAUCCAAAUAACAGAUCCUACUCUAAUGAAGCCCAGCAUUUCUCUUUCUCCAAGUGGGAUGACCCGUCUGAAAUCCAACAUCAGCAUUCUCUGCAGAGUCCAAAAUCUCAACAAUACAUUCCAUCUGAACAGUACUUUCUACCUUUAUAAGAUUUAUACUAUAAAAAAUACUGGUGAUGAGGACCACAAACCACAAAUCAUGCAACCAGACAACCUUACAGCUGAAUUCUUCAUCAGCAUUUUGAAGAAAGAGCAAGGAGGAAAAUACCACUGCAGUUACAAACCUCCGUCCGGGUCCUUGAUGUCAGAACCCAGUGAUUCUUUGGAAAUUUUUCUAUUGGAUCCCCAAUUAGAGCAACCAACUAUUUCCAAGCGUGGGAAUACAAUGAUUGGGGAGAAUGUUACCAUCUCAUGUACAAUUAGCAGUACAAAUAUGAAGUUCUAUCUCCAUAAGAAUGGAAACCCAACUCCAGGCCUUGAAAUGGAGACUGAUUUUGACAUGGGCACAUUUUUUAUCCCCAAUAUCAGCUUGGAGCACAGUGGGAAUUAUAGUUGCAGCUAUACAGCUGUUGGUAACCGUUUUGUAUACUCACCGCCCAGUGAAAUCUUGCAGCUUUUGGUAUCAGAGAAACCGGAUUACACCGUGGCAAACAUAAUUCACUGUGUCAUUGGAGCCCUAAUUCUUCUUCUGCUUGGCUGUCUCAUGACUUUGGAUUGCCACAGCACAAAAGCAUAUGAAGUCAGCCCCCAACAACGCUCAAAACAGGAAUCCUUAGGUGAAACCUCUUUGUCACCAGCCCUAGAUGCAGACCCAGAUCCAGCACCACCAACUAAUCAGGAAUGAACAAUCUUUUGACUUGGCCAUAAAACCACGACCCCUGUUUGUGAGUACUGUAUGAAGAUGAGAUCAUUUUCUCAAGCUGCGUGAGACUUGCAAACUACUUCGCUUUCGCCUAAUAAUAGAGGAAACAUCAGUGGAUCAUAAGGCAUGUUGAGAAGAAACUUGACUUACCUCGCACACUUCACAGUUACAAAAUUCCUUGUGCUAUUCUUCCUCUUGUCUGUGGAAAGAUAAUUUCAAAUCUUUUGAUGGGUUAGGGGCGUCAAAGGAACCAGCCUGGUAUUGCCAUCCACUGCUCUCAAUCAUAACCUAGUCUUACCUUUUUGAAUAAUUUCUGCCUGAUCUGGCCAGCAACCUGCAAAGAGGAAAAAGGCAUCACAAAAGAGGAGUCACAUCUUUCUUCAUGUAGUGUUUUGUGUGUUGGACUAGCAAAAAUCAGGAUUUGAAUCCCUGCUCAGUUAUGGAAACCCACUGGAUGACCUUGGGCAAGUCAGACUCUCUCAACCUCAGAGGAAGGCAAUGGCAAACCCUCUCUGAACACACCUUGCCAAGAAAAUCCCAUUAUAGGCUCACUUUAGGGCAUUGUUUCUCAACCUGGAGGUCGGGACCCCUGGGAGGGUUGUGAGGGGGGUUUCAGUGGGGUUGCUAAAGACCACCAGAAAACAUAUAUUUCUGGUGGUCUCAGGAACCCCUUUGGCAGAGAAGGCUGAAGACCUCUCCACCUGUCCUUCUCUUCCUUUUUGGAAACAGAAGGCGAAACCUCCCACCAAAAUCCCUCCUCCUGCUGUGAUUGACCGGCCUCUCAGCUGGCCUGUAAGCCAAUAGGAAGGCUGUUUCUUUGACUUCAAGGGGGGAGAGGAGAGCAGGCGCACUCUCCUCUAAAUCAUUGUCAAUUCCUCCCAAAUCCCUCCCAAAUCUCAUGACCAAUUUUCUGUUGGUCAUGGGGGUUCUGAGGGGGAAGUUUGGCCCAAUUCUAUCAUUGGUGAGGUUCGGAAUGCUCGUUGAUUGUAAGUGAACUAUAAAUCCCAGCAACUACAACUUCCAAAUGUCAAGGUUAUUUUUCCCAAACUCCACCAGUGUUCAUAUUUGGGUAUAUUGAGUAUUUGUGCCAAGUUUGGUCCAGAUCUAUCAUUGCUUGAGUCGACAGUGCUCUCUGGAUGUAGGUGAACUACAAUUCCCAAACUCAAGGUCAAUCCCUACCAAACACUUCCAUUAUUUUCUGUUGGUCAUGUCCCAAGUUUGCUUCAAUUCCAUUAUUGGUGGAGUUCAGAAUGUUCUUUGAUUGGUGGGUAACUAUACAUCCCAGCAACUACAACUCCCAAAUGACAAAAUCAAUCCCACUAGUAUUCAAAUUUGGUCUUAUUGGGUAGUUGUGCUCGAUUUCAUCCAGUGAAUGAAAAUACAUCUUGAAAAUACAUUAUAAUUCAUAACAGUAGCAAAAUGACAGUUAUGAAGUAGUAAAGGUAAGUAAAGGUUUUCCCCUGACAUUAAGUCCAGUCAUGUCUGACUCCAGGGGUUGGUGCUCACCUCCAUUUCUAAGCCGAAGAGCUGGCAUUGUCCGUAGACACCUCCAAGGUCACGUGGCUGGCAUGCUAGGGUUGGGGGUCACCACAACAUGAACUGUAUUAAGUACUCACUGCAUUAGAAAGAUUGAGAACCAUUGCCUUAAGGUCAUCAGAAAUUAGAAACAACUUGAAGACACACAGAACACUACAAUCCAUACCACAUCCACAAAGAGGGCUUUAGUAAGAUUCUUGAUGAUCUUUCCAUGGCUUAGACUGGGGUGGAAAUUAAGUGCCCCUCCAAAUAUCGCAAGCAAUGGUAAGGGAUGUUAGGAUUGCAACCCAACAACAUCCGAGAAGCCACAUGACUCCAUCCCUUGGUUCAGUCUUAUACGUGUGUUGCCUCCAAGUUACCUGUCUACUUAUGAAGAACCAUGAAUUUCAGUAGAGUUUUCUUAGGCAAGAAAUGCUCAGAGGUAGCUUUUCCAGAUCUUUCCUCUGAAAUAUAGCCUACAAUACCCAGUAUUCAUUGAUGAUGUCUUUUUCAAGUAUUAACUAGAUCUGACCAUGCUUAGCUUCCAAGACUAGAUGGGGCCUGGUGCCUUUAGAAUAAUGAGGCCUCUGGUUGAACCUUUCAUCUUUCCAAAUAUGUCAUUAGCCUGAAGUAAAAAUCUAUCUCUACAUAUGCAUAUUGUAUCCAUUAUUGCCUAAAUAUUCACAUUCUUGUAUUGCUAUGAAGAUGAGUGUUGUAUUGCUAUGAAGAUGGACUGUUUAUUUGCUAGGUACUGUAUUGUUGUAUUGUUGUAUUGUGUGGGCUUCGGCCCGUUGUAAGCCGCAUCGAAUCCCUUGGGAGAUGCUAGCGGGGUACAAAUAAAGUUAUAAUAAUAAUAAUAAUAAGUUGGACAGCUGUACUUCUCCAGGUGAUAUUGGAUUGAAAUAAAGGCAUCGGUUGUACCUUCAAGAUGAGAAAAAAAGUCCAGAAACAUCUUGAAUUCUACCUGUUUCCUAUUACUGCCAUAGAGGCAAUGAUCUCUGGAGUAGAGAGGUGGGGAUGAACUCCUGGUUCCAAACUUAAAUUCCACAACCUCGCAUACACACACUAAUACUUUUAUCAACCACUACACAGACCAGCUCCUUGUUUGGUCUUUCCUAGCUUGGUGAUCCUUACCAACAAAAGAGAAUAAUGAAGCUGGUGGGCUUCUAAUAGUCAGUUCUGAAGCCACAUUGUCUCUAGCUCAACUACAUACAGUCUUGCUCACUGUGGAUAUCCAGAUUAUAUCUGAAGUCACAGGAAACUCACAACUCUGCAACAUCUACCACAUCAUCUGGGUGCUGAGCUGUCUCAAUCUGUAGGAAAAAUCUCUUGUGGUGAGCUCCCCAAUGGGCUUGUA